UUCAAGUGCCCGGAUGUUGUUCAGUAGUUUUCUGAAAACUUCAGAAUGGGAUUAUUCCGAGGUCAAAAUAAAUUAAUUACGGCAAGUUGACAGGCCGUUGUCAGCAGAGAAUAAUCAAAGCCAUAAUAAUGUUACGAAAGGAGGAACUUUGUACAUGGUUUAGUAACUUAAGUCCGCACAAACGGAUAGAUUUUAUGUGUGGAAUGCUUCAUAUGUGCCUCCCAUUAGAACUGAGAUUUUUAGGGUCGUGCGUAGAAGAUCUCGCAAAGAAAGACUUCCAACAUUUACGGGAAUAUGAACUAAGAGCGAACAAUCGUCGUGAUAUUUCGGAACUCAGCAAUGAAACCAGUUAUGACACAUUCCGAAAUACGCUUGCCGUGUAUUUGGCGUUACUUCAUUCGGCAAACACCAUUUGUUCACACAAAAUAUUCACUAUGCUCGAAAGACAUAGGCACUGUGCAUUAGAAGUAAAAAAUGGCAUGGAUAGUGAAACUGUUCAUCGUAUUUUGCUGGUAUUGUCCAUGGCCAUGAACCAUCCAGCUUUUACUUUCGCCCAAAAACAAACUAUGUCUGAUAUGUACAUCACAGCAAGUGAAGCUGCAGUGAAAAAUAUGUCAAAGAAAAUGCAGGAACCAGAGCUGCUGAUAUUGUCCGAGUCAUGUGAGACAAGACCAUGUGACCAGGGACAUUCCCCCAUGUGUUCACCAAUGUCAAGUGGUUCAAGUCCCAUGCAAAUGAUUCCUUCUCCACAACCUCUCCACAGUCUUCAGGAAAAAGCAUAUGUUUGUAACAUCAAAGUUUGUGGUUCACGGUUGAGAGAUGGGGUUAAAAACAUGACAGAAUAUCACAUCCAGGUCACCUGGUCUAAUGGUGAAACUGGAGAAGUGUACAAAACUUAUCAGGAGUUGGAAGAAUUUCACAAUAAGUUACUGCAUAAGAAGUCGUUGAAAAUACCAAAAUUGCAAGGCUCUCAGAAUCAUCACAGGGAAACAAUCGAGCAGCUGAACCAGUAUUUCCAAACCCUUUCUGAGCAGAAAUUAUCCAAGCUGCAAUCAGAUAUGUACACAAAGUUUCUCUUGUCUCAUGGGGUGAAAACGAGUGUCGAUGCCUCAACUAGUCCACCCCGCUCAAUACAGAAAGAACCACCUUCAGCAAAGUAUUUAAGCCUAUCAAGAGAUAAGUCCAAUGUUUCUGUGAUAGGGGAGGCUGGCAGUGAAGAACCUGCCCUAGAGUUCCUGGGCAGUUUGUGCAAUCUUUCCUCCACAACCCCCUACCCUCAUGAUCUCAACCAACAAGCUGUCACCAUCAGUCCCUCAUAUUCUGGAUUGAAAGCUCCUUCCUCAUUGGCCAGUUCCCCGUGUCCCUCCCACGACAGCCUAGACUCCAUUUCUCCCCCACUAGAGGCACCUGAUAGCACAGAGAUGUCUCAGCUGUUAAGUGGGGAACUUGCCACUUAUGUUGAACAUUUGGAAAAGUUUUCGUUUCAGCAGGUAUGUGACAUGGAUCCUGAAAUGUUUCAACGACUUGGCAUUCCCUCCGAGGCAGCUCAGCGUAUUAAAAACCUCAUUAGUGAGAAAAUGAGGGAGAUGACUGUGCCCCAUAUGCCGAAUGGGUUGGUGGACCAGGCUGUGUUAUCAAGCUCUUUCAACUGCCAGGGACGCUACCAAAUGGUGCCCCUGCAUUACCCACCCAUGUUCCCAGUUCCCCCUGGCCACCAUCCUAUUGCUUUGAACUCACAGACCAUGCUGUACCACCAGAACAUGUUGCCUCUAUCACACAUGCCCUCCGGCUCUUUAUUGCCCACCAACAGGAACACAAAUGAGGCAUCUCCCACCAACUUUGAGCACUCUACACCCUCCCCGAGUCCUCAUGUACCGUAUUCCACACCGUCCCCUAGUCCCCUUUUAUCAACCCCUCUCAUUCCGCCCCUCAUGUCCACACUAACCCCCAGUCCCCAUGUACCCACCCCGCUGGUCCCGCCGCUCAUGUUGGCAUUGAAACAACAGCAGCUAUCCACUGACAGCUCUUCAGAUGAGGACAAGCAUUCUUCACAGCAAAGAGGCAAAGACAAGGCGAAUUCUGCCCCCAACUCUGCACGCUUUGGUUUAUCAGACAUUAACUCCAGGACAAACGGGAAUCAGUCAUUGGCAACCAACGGCAACAGUGGGUACAACUCAGACCCAACAUUCAAUGGCAGACAGAGAACCCAGCUUGGCCGUUUGACAAUACCAAUGCCGGACAAUAGUUUAAAACCUCAAUUCAAAUUUCUGCGGCCAUGUGUGAUGUUUAACCCACAGACCCACCCACCAAUGUUCAUUCCACAGACAUGUAUAAACUCUAGCAACCGUCCCAUAAUACCACAUAAUUUAUCUCAGUGUCACACUACGAAUGUGGUAAGUCACUCUGGAAGUGUUUCCACAGCAACAUCAACUGUGGCAGGGCCAGGUAGUGUCAGUGUCUCACAUCCAAUCAAUGCAACUGCUACAAAUUUUGCAGCAUCAGGUUCAGCGCACAGUACUAAUGGAGUGCCCGUGCAAGUGAAUUUAACACUAAACAAACCCUUCAAAGGCAGUGCUGGUAUUGUUGCACCUGUGAGUGUAUACGAGCGAUCUGGACCUGUUGUGAAUGGAGAGAGCACACCCUCUCAGACGAUGUCUUCAAAUGAAAGCCCAGCCCAGUGGGCAGGGGGGUCGGUCGCCCCGUCAGUGCCCAGUAGCGUGACCUUGACCUACAGCAGCUCCAGCCCCACAUUGGCCUCUACCAGGUCCUCGUGUGCAGUAUCAGUGUGCCAGUGCCCUUCGUGCCCCUCCCGCAAUGGGCAACCAAGUAUCCACUAUGCCCAACCAAACUUUCAUCAUUAUCAGCAUCCGCAAUUCUUUCAGUAUUCUCAUCACAUGCCAAUGUACCCUAUGCCAUACAUGCCAGUGCUUAAUCACAAUGGCUUCACUCAGGAUAUGCUCAGUCAACCCAUGUUCUACUCAUACGGGGCAGGCCUGGCAUUCCCUGGAAUGCCUGGAGGAUACAAUGCCUUUAGCAGCAAUGGUGGCUUGGUGAACACGGCGGAUAUGCAGAGGAAAGUGAAGAGAAUGAACUGUCACAACUGUGGCUCAGAUAAACAUGCUGCCACUGAUUGUACAGAGAGCUCCAUGCAAACACAGCUUGGUCAGUCCAUGUAUUCCUAUGAUCCGAAGUACGAGCCUGAAAAACAGUGAAUGACCACGCAACGAAGCUCGAUCUGGGAUCAAGUUACAAUACUUGAAGUCAAUGACUGAAGUACCAAAGCGACAAGUCCAGCAUUUUGGUGUCUAGCAACAGUCAGUUAUUGGCUGAUAAGUUUUAAGGCAUUUGUGAAUGAUUCAGUCAUACCCCUUGACCUUUUUAAGGUUGUUUUUACAAACACAGGGUGUAUAAUGCAAGUGAUAGCCUAAUGGAUUUAGUUACUAAAUAGCGCAGAGGGAAUUUAACCAAAAAUCUAGAUUUGUUGUCAAUCAUGCUUUAAAUAUGCUUGUGAGAAACCUGUGUACAGUUUGAUGCCAGUUUUACAAACUGUUACAUUUUUGUGAUUUAGAAUGAGUUAGUAAACUGAUAAAUGAAGGAUUAUUAGCGCAUCAUCUACAUGAUGAUUAAAUUCCAAUCUGGCUCAAAUAUUGGUUGUAUUAUCUGUAUAUAUGGAAUUGGCUUAUUGUGUAAGUCUGUAUAAUUAUAUGGAAUUGGCUUAUUUUGUAAGUAUGUAUAAUUAUAUGGAAUUGGCUUAUUGUGUAAAUUUUAACACCACAAAAUGAAUUAACUAGGUCAUAAUUAAUUUCAAUAAAGUCUGACGUUUAUUUAUGUUCAUUGUUCAUACGCUCUUCAUGAAAAUAUUGUAUGUACAGUUUCAAUUGUGUAAGGUCCUCUGAGCAUUUGUCUGUAGGAUAAAAUUGUGAUAGGGAUUAAAGUGAGAUUUUAAACACAUGCUAUUGAUAAUGGUUGUUUGAGAAUGAACUUAGUUAUUCAGAUUAUUUUGUGUACAAGUAAGUGAUUAUUGUGUGACUGGAACAGUAUACAAAAACAGGGUUUCUAUUUGUAUGAUCUUAAUAUAAAUAAUUAACAUGUACCAAUAUUAUUUUGGGAAUUUUAAUCAUGUUUUGUAUUUGUUUUACAUCUGGUCUGUGUGACUGUAUGGUCACUGCAAUAUGACCAGUAGUCUGUUUAAUGCUUGGAACAUUUAUGCAGAUUGCUACUGACCUGUACUUUCAUUGGAUAUGUGCAAAUUGGUUUUACCCAUGCCAUGUUUAUACGAAAAUCAAUCAUGGUGAUUAUUGUUAUAACAUGUGCAUGAUCAGUACUAUGUCAGCACAGUCUUUGAUGUUUUGAUAUGUUCAUAUCAUUAUCUGAAGAUUUCAUUUUUUUAAUAAAAAUCUCUAUAAUAUACACAGGUAGAUUCAACUGUUUUAAGUGCUAGUAUUUAUUUUGUGCUCAAGUUUUGUUCAUGUUUUAAAGAAAUAGAAUAAAUUUUUGUGCAGGAUGCCAUGUAUCUAAGGCAAAACAACUAUUUAGUUUUUUCAUGUUAGACAUAUCAUGCUAUUCAUGCCAUGUUAAGGCGUUUCAUAAGUUUGAAAGUAUAUAUAGACAGAUGAUAUCUAAAUGUAUUAGAAGAAUUUAAUAUUAGUUUUACUAAAUUUCAAAUAGUAGCCUAGUGUUAAUGGGCCGCAUUUUAGGAAAAAGGUGCUUAUUUUAUGUGCGUAAAGUAUCCUCCCAGAUUAGCCUGAGCGGUCCGCUAAUCAAGGAUGACACUUGAACUUUAAUGGAAUUUUUUCACUUAAAGGAAAUCUCUACUAAAGUAAAAUCACUUGUAGGUGGAAAGCGUUGUCCCUGUUUGCACAGGCUGAUCUGGGGGAAAGUGUUGUCCCUGUUUGCACAGGCUGAUCUGGGGGAAAGUGUUGUCCCUGUUUGCACAGGCUGAUCUGGUGGAAAGCGUUGUCCCUGUUUGCACAGGCUGAUCUGGGGGAAAGCGUUGUCCCUGUUUGCACAGGCUGAUAUGGGGGAAAGCAUUGUCCCUGUUUGCACAGGCUGAUCUGGGGGAAAGCAUUGUCCCUGUUUGCACAGGCUGAUCUGGGGGGAAAGCGUUGUCCCUGUUUGCACAGGCUGAGCUGGGACAAUAUUUUAUUCACAUGCAUUAUGCCCGGUUUUCACAGAGAUUGAAUCAAAUAUUUAUUUUUAAAUAACAGUUUUUUUAAUAAAAAAAAAUGAAGAUUUACCUAUGCCCUGUGUCUUAAUGUGAACCUAACUAUCAUCUAUUUAAAUUUCCAUGGAGGUGAAGUAUUUUAAUGAUUUUCUCUUGUCAGUGUAGGAAGUUCGAAGUUUUACCAUCCUUUUAAUCAUGUGUAAAUAUAUUGUUUUAACACUUCUACUGCUAUUAAUUCUUGUAAAGUAAAUAUUUUUCUAUUUUAAGAUCUGAUGUUGUCAACAUCCAAUUGGGACAUUGGUGCCAUCCGUCAAAUUAAUUAUUUUUUUUAUAACCAAUAUACAAGUAAAUUUAAAUUUAGUUUGAAUGCUUCAUGUAAAAUCCAUUUUCUGAAAAUAAACAAAAAAUAUUAAUAAAUUUCUGAGAAUGAUAAAAAUGCAUUUAUCUUAUCUUUAUUUUACUUUAAUUACUUAUUGCAAACGCUUAUUUGCAUGUGCGUAACAGUAACAAUACCAUUAUACAUGUUGGUUGAUUUGUUACGGCAGUCAUAUGCGUAUUAUGAGAAUAAAAAGAAAGCAAUAUAUCUUUUUUGCUGAAAAGGUUAUCAUGUGUUGGCAUAUGCAGGCCAAAGUGGGACUACGACUACUAUAAGACCAUUCAAAUUUAUGAUGACAGGUGAACAUUCUUGGCAGAAAGGCAAAUAAGUAUUUUGUGUUAUCAGUCUCUCAAUUUCUGAUUGAUGUUGAUGUUGUGAUAGUGUUCCACAUUUUUUGUACUUGUUCAUUUACAGGAAUCAAUGUUUUUGAGGCAUAUGAGUAUUCUUCGUAUGUAAAUGUUUUGACAUUGACAAUGCAAUGCGCUUUAACUAUGUUCAGGUUCAUUUACUGAGUAUUUUGACGUACUUAGUAUUUUUAUGAUCAUUUGCAAAUGUGUCUGUAAAUAUUUCAGUUUACACUUACAUGUGGUAUUAUUUUGAACAUGAAUUGUGUUUAUUAUAGUGAAUCACCAUGCAAGUAUUCUUUUAUUUUUAUCUCUUUGUAAACAUUUUCGGUUGAAUCUUGUGCCUCAGAUGUUUUCUUUGUUGUAAAGUUAGCAAACGCAUGAAAGUUGUGCUGCAAAAAUAAUUGUCGUGCAUGUGCCAUGAUGCAAGUGCUUUUAAACUUAUAUGAUGUUAUGUUAUGUUUUGUUUAAAAUGCCAAUUAGUUCUGUAUUAUUCUUAGUUAAUGUGAUCAUCUUGUAUUAGGUUCAUUACAUUGCUAUUUAUAAUUAUGCAUACCUUUGUCUCAUUAACAUCGUGUUUCAACAGAACUCUUAGGAUUGAUUCUACUACAGUUGUUUUAAAAUGAUGUGAAAAAAAUUAGUGUGAAAAGAAUGAUGUUUUAGCCAGGUAUUUACACAGUCUCUUAAAAACAUAUUUAAAAAGUCAUUUUUUUCAGUCAAAUGUCUUAUUUAUACCAGUAUGUGAAAUCCAAUUGUUUUGCUAUGACCGAUGUGCAUUUAAAGUCUCUUACAUUUGACUGUAAAAAUAUACAAUGUUUCAUGUGACAUGAAAUAGUGAGAGAAUUAUAGGGCUUUCAAAAAAGUAAUUUUUGUUUUUAUGAAGAUUUUGCGAAUAGUUGUUUGCAUAUGAUCAUUACUUAUAAUGUGAAACAAUGUUGCUUUAGGUGUAACUUAUUUUGGUUAAUUUUUGACAAGUCAAGGGGUAUUUGUCAUUAAUAACAAAAUCAUGUUUAUACAAAAUUGACUUGAUUUUAAUCUGCUGGUAUAUCGUCAAUAAUUGAAUUUGCUGAUGUAUUGUGUAUAUUGUCGAUGAUGAAGUCUCUUUUUCUCAAUGUUUGAACUGGCUCAAUAGAAAUAUUUAUUUCUGAGGCCAUGGGUUUUUAGGACCCAUGUGCUUAUUGGCAUGAGUGUUUUUAAGAGUGUAACAGUAUCGGAACAUAACUUAAGUUCAGAUGUUUUUAUGCCCCCCAAGGGUGGCAUAUAGUUUUUGAACUGUCCGUUAGUCUGUCUGUCAGUCAGUCUGUCCGUCCGUCCGAAAACUUUAACAUUGCCCAUAACUUUUGCAAUAUUGAAGAUAGCAACUUGAUAUCUCAUGGCGCUGCACAUUUUGAGUGGUGAAAGGUCAAGGUCAUCCUUCAAGGUCAAAGUUCAAAUAUAUAGCUUCAAAGCAGCGCAGUAGGGGGCAGUUUGUCUCAGACAAACACAUCUCUUGUUCUUUUAGGAUUUUAUUAUAUCAUAUGACCUGUGUCGUGCGAAAAUGGGGGUUAUGCCAUAUAAGGCCUGGGUAGCUCCAGACCAGCCUGCUAAAUCUGGUCAGGUACCUUUUUGUGGUUUGAUGAGCGGGCAGAGUAGCUCCUGAAGAGUGAGUGAAUGUUCUGGAGCUAAGCUAGCCACAUAUGGCUUUAGACCCAGUAUUGCAUGACACACGUCAUAUACUGAUGUUCCACUUAGUGAUGUUUUCAUGUAAUUUGCAGCAAAAAUAACUUUGCUACUUUAAAUAAUAGUUGUUUGUAUUGAUAUCAUGUUGAUUGACAUGACAAUUAUUAUGUUGUUGUUUUUUAAAUUCUUUAUUAUAUUUAGUAUACGCAUAUUUUUGCCAGGUUUUAUGAAAUAUUGUUGCAAAUUAUAUUUCAUAUUGCUAAUCUCAGCAUAAAUUUAUUAUGCUACACUUACCUGAAACCAGAACUGCUCCUCAUAAUUAUUUUGUUUCAAUUUGUCUCAUCUGAAUUGUCGUCAUAUUUUGAUUAUCUUACAAUGUUUCUCAAAGAUUUACAGAUUCUUUAAUUUCAGUAGUUUCUGGUAAAGUCAUUAUAAUCAACACAUGUCAAAUUUUGUUCAAUUAAGUAUCUUUUGAUUUAACAUAACACAAGCUAGUUUUUACGCUUUGUCGUGAAGGAAUUAUCCUAGUGUCGCCUUUUUGUUGUAAACUUUGGAAUGCUUAUAUCUUCAACAGUCAUGAUAUUUUGUGCUAAAUGUUGGUGUUAUACAACAAAUAACAAUUACUUUGUAUUGUCCCCUACCGGUGAAACCGGAGGGGACUUUGGUUUGUGCUCUGUCUGUCUGUCAGUCUGUCUGUCACACUUAUCCUGCGAUAACUUUAUAAGUUCUUCAUAUUUUUUCAUGAAACUUGAGACCUGGAUAGAUGGCAAUAUGGAGAUUAUGUAGUUAUUUCAUUUUGUUCCUAGGUCAAGAAUUCUGCUUGCUAUGGCAACAAAUAAAAAAUUACUGACAAUUGUUGAGUUUCACCGGUAGGGGACAAUAUUGCUUGGCAAUCUCUUAUUCAGUGAAGCAAUAACUGAUAGUUCAAUGCAGUGCAAAUAUAUGCAGGUAUACAAAUACCCAAGGCAAUAAUGGUUGCCAUUUCAAAAUUUCAGCAAAAUUCGUUUUUAAUUGCAUUUUAUGUUUUAGCAUUUAAGUACAGGUACGAAUUGAUUGUUUCCUGAAACCUUGUUUUAAACUUGUCUAGAGCACUGUUAAUUAUUAGGCACUUGUGUGAUGUUCGACGGAUUGUGAAACAAUCAUUUCCUUACAAGUUGCAUCUUCUAAACAUGAAACUCACUUUAUUUAUGUAUAAAAUAAACGAUAUAAAAACUUAAAAAUUUUGAAAAAGAGACUAAAAUAAUGAUUAUAAAUAAA